AUGGCUGAUUCAACUCACUUUGCUACCAUUUUGGUCACCAUGGUUUUCUUUCAAUUCCUAACAGGUUUGUCAUCUACGAUGUUCAAAAUCGCCAACAAGUGCAACUACACAGUUUGGCCAGGCAUUUUUUCCGGCACCGGCAACUUGCCGGUUUCCAUCACCGGCUUCGCCCUCCAACCGGGCGAGUCAAAAACUGUCACCGUGCCUUCUGCCUGGUCAGGCCAUGUAUGGGGGAGGACCCUCUGCUCCCAAGACUCCACCGGGAAGUUCUCAUGUGUAACCGGCAACUGCGGUUCCUUCAGCUUGGAAUGCGCCGGCCGCAACGCCAACCCGCCGGUGACUCUGGCGGUGUUCACAUUGAACGGCACCGGGGGCCUCGAUCUCUUCGACGUGAGUCUCGUGGAAGGCUUCAACAUACCGAUGAGGGUGGAACCUAAGGGGGGAACCGGAAUAGGUAACUGCAGGGCGACGAGUUGCGCGGUGGACUUGAACGGUGCAUGUCCGGCGAAGCUGAAGGUGAUAAGAGACGGCGAGGGCGUGGCGUGCAAAAGCGCGUGCUGCUGCAGUAAGACGUGCAAGGCCAACUCCUAUUUGCAGUUCUUCAAGAGAGCAUGCCCAGGUGCUUAUGUCUACCCUUAUGAUAAUGGCAUAAGUAACUUCACUUGUGCCUCUGCUGAUUAUCUCCUCACUUUUUGUCCCACUUCUACGCCCUCCACUAGGUAA